AUGGGGCCGUGUCAACCAUUUUGUCAGCCAUUUGAUUUCAAAACCGCGCGAAAAGAGCGCGUCGCUCGCCGCCACCGGCGCCAUUUUGAUUUUAUAUUGUCGUGUGUUUGCCCCCCGCGCGUCAUUCGUCGCUGUGCAUCGAAGGAGACUGCAGUAAAUAGUUGUUCAGUGAGUGAUUUAGCAAGUUAUACGUUACUGAUUUGUGAUUUUCAACAAAAAAUUGAAGAUUUUGAUGAUGAUUUAGACUACGAACUAUCGCAAUUAGAUUUAUCAGAGUAUAAUCAAGAAUGUAACACAUUAUCGAAUAGUGAUACCCUACAAGUAUUUGACGUUGAUCUCCAUGAGACAAUAUCAAUCGCACGGACCAAAAAUCAUCAUCGAUGGCAGAUUUUAUCUGACAGUGAAGAUGAUCAGAUUCCCAUAUUACCGCCCUCACGAAAUACAGAAGUAUGGUUCAAUCCGUUGGGUAAGCAACCAAGCAUUAUUCCAUUUACUGAAUGUCCUGGGCUUAAGCCAUUUUCAUUGCGAUCCAGCAUGAGUUCAGCUAAACCAGCAGAAUUUCAUUCAUUGUUAGUGGUAUUCCUGAUAGUAUAUUCAAGUACAUAG